GGUGAGCAGCCCCACCGCAGCACCUUUGGUCAGCACAACCAUGCUGGGAGCCGUCUGUCUCGUCGUGCUGCUGGGCUACGCCUACGGAUGCGGCCAGCCGGCCGUGCCGCCACAGCUGCGCUCCCGCGUGGUGGGCGGUGAAGACGCCGUAGCACACAGCUGGCCAUGGCAGAUCUCGCUGCAGUACAGCCGCUCUGGGUCUUGGUACCACACUUGUGGCGGGACCCUGAUUGCCCCUCAGUGGGUGCUGACGGCUGCCCACUGCAUCAGCUCUUCCAUGACCUACCGUGUGGUGCUGGGCAAGCAGGACCUGAGUGAGGAUGACGAGCCCGGUUCUGUGGCCGUGGGUGUGGAGAAGAUGAUCAUCCAUGAGAAAUGGAACUCCUUCCUCAUCAUCAACGACAUUGCCCUGAUCAAGCUGGCAGAGGAGGUGCAGGAGAGUGACACCAUCCGUGCCGCCUGCCUGCCGGACGCUGGCAAGAUCCUGCCCAACAACUACCCCUGCUACGUCACCGGCUGGGGACGCAUCAGGACCAACGGGCCCCUGGCUGACGUCCUGCAGCAGGCUCUGCUGCCCGUGGUGGACUAUGAGACCUGCUCCCAGAGGGACUGGUGGGGCAGCAAUGUGGACACCACCAUGGUGUGCGCCGGCGGUGACGGCGUCGUCUCUGGAUGCAACGGCGAUUCCGGCGGCCCCCUGAACUGCCAGCGUGAUGAUGGCAUCUGGGAGGUGGAGGGCAUCGUCAGCUUCGGCUCCGGCCUGAGCUGCAACAUGAUCAGGAAGCCGACGGUCUUCACCCGGGUGUCCGCCUACAUCGACUGGAUCAACGAGAAAAUGAGUGCGAACUGAGGACGCAGCACGUGGAGAUACAACUGUUGAGCAAGAUAAAAGCGGAAGUGCUGAGCUGGCCUCACUGGUUCUUUUUGGGGGGGAUGUGGUGGGGCUGGGGAUGCACAUGCAGGGCUGGGUCUGGUGAUGCCAACGUUCUGCUUGUGUGCUGGGGAAGGUUUCUUUGUUGUGCAGUGGGGUUGGGCAGGGCUCUGGGGAGGUACAUCCUGCAAGAUGCUUCUGGUCCUCAUGCCGUGGCUGAGCCAAGGGGCUCGAGGUUUGAUGGGAGAGGGGCUGGGGUCUAUCCAGGUUGUUCAGGGGAGCUCCAGGGAACCCAGCUGGCCCUUGGGGACAAUCUAGAACACUUGAUAGCUCCCAGGGUGCUUUAGGGAACCUCACUGGCACCGCCUAGAUGAGGGCAGCUGACUUUCAGUGGGGGUCUUGAGGGAACCAGGUUGGAUUUGGAGGACUUGAAACUCGAGUCUGACUGGUUUGGGAGAGGUCGGGGUGCCUGCAGGAAUUCCGUUGGAGACUGAGCCCUUGCGACCUGUAUGGCACUGCCAGCUCCAUCUCCAGGACCUGUGACGUGGCCCAGGAGUGGAGCAUCAUGCCACGGAUCUCCUUCUGUGGUGGCUGGAGGAACAAGGUGGGCGGUGGGCAGCUGACAGGACCCCCAGCUGUGGGGUUCCCAGGAGGAGCCAGGGCUGCCCUGGGGGAGACAGGGAAACUUUUCAGGAAGAAGGCAGCGUGUGGGUGGGAGCAGGUGUGAAGGGGCUGGCCAGGAGGUGGGGGUGGAUGCUGCACCGUGAACCCCCGAGCAGAACCAUCCACCACACCGUCAUCCCAGCUGGGAUCCUCACGGAGUGAGGAGGAGGAGAAGGAGCAGGAACGGACGGCAGCACCUCAAGCUCGGUGGGGGACGUGAUGGACGGUGCCUGGUUUAGGAGCUGUGGUGCCACUGGAGUGCUGAGCAGCACCGUCACCAGCCCAGAGAGCAACACUGGCACCUGCACCGGGCCUGGGAGUGCCAGCACGAGCCCUGGCACUGUGUGAGCCACAUGGGGACUCUCCAGGGACCCUCUGGCACUCAUCAGCCUGACCAAAGAUUUAGCAGGUGAAGAGGGGUACGGGGAGGGAAAUGGUUUGGAUGGACAGGAAAUGUGCUAUGGCAAAGGAACUGUAGGGAUCACCCCAAAGGCUAUUAAAGGCCUGCCAGUCAGAUGAUGUGUGGAGGUGGCUGCUCUGCACAGCAGGAUGGGGCCAGGUGCUCGGGACAUUGGCAUAGGAUUGGCAGCAGGAUCUGCUCUCUUGGAUGGAGAGUUCCAGGCUGUCCAUGGGAAGCUGGGCAAUGUGGGGUGCCCCUGUCCCCUCUGCAUGUACACACGUCCCAUGGGGAGGGUUGUUGGGGCUGGGAGUGCAGAACCCUGGUGUCACAGCCUGUUGUAUGUGUGCCUGUGCAUUGUGUCCCAUCCUCAGAGGGGGUUUGGUGGACACAAGAGCCCUGGGCAAGGCCCCAGAGUGCCACAAGCCCCUGUGCUGGGGCAUCAGCCCUGCCCCACCCAGCCAGCCAUGGGCACUCCCCUGCAGUGGGUGUCACCCCAACAACCAGUGUCCCCUUGCCCAGGAGGAGGUGGAGAGUUGUGGUCCCUCUGGGUGAAGAACCUUUUUCUAACAUCCAGUCU